GAGUCCUUCUCUUUUAAAGUUCCGGCGGGAUAUUUGUGUCUGGUCAAUACCGUGGGGUCUUUACGGUUCAGAUCGUUUAUUUAGAAAUGUGCCCCUGACGGAUAAUGUCUGAUUCGGCGUCUCAUACCAAUGAAGAGAACGCAAUGAAUAACGACCUCACUUCAUAUCAGGGUAUCGUGCCGAAUAAAAAGGACUGCAUCUAUACGAGCUGCUACUGUGAGGAAAACAUUUGGAAGCUUUGCAGGCAUAUAGCUCUACAGAAACCAUGCCCGAUCGAAGAAGUGUACGUCAUUUUUAUUUCAAAUGAGAGCAGGAUGAUACCAUUAUGGAAACAAAAGUCGAGCCGAGGAGGUAAUCCAGUUAUUUGGGAUUAUCAUGUUAUUUUACUUCACACUUCCCAUUCUGGUUGUCAUAUAUAUGACUUAGACACUAUUCUGCCAUUUCCCUGCUCCUUGAAGUGCUACGUUGAUGAAGCAUUUAGAUCUGAUGAUUUGAUCAACCUAACAUUUAAAAGGAAACUCCGAGUUAUACCAGCAGACACAUUCUUGAAGACCUUUGCUUCUGAUCGCUCCCACAUGAAGGAUCCCACAGGAGAAUGGCGCAUGCCACCACCCCCAUAUCCCUGUAUUGAGACCACAGAAUGCAAGAUGAACCUGGAUGACUUCAUUAGCAUGGAUGCCAACAUUGGAUGGGGAGUUGUAUACACUUUAACAGACUUCACCCAACAGUUCAGUGAAAAAUAAAUCUGCACAUCUUAAGUGAUCAGAGGCAGUCUAAUUCCAAGCAUGAAAGUUUUCAAAAUGCCAUUGCACAAUACUAAAGAUGGCUGGGACUCCGAUUUCAUAAAAAUAUACUGUAUGCUGUCAAUUAAUGUAUGGUGCUGUUAAUUCAAUCUUACUGGGCCUGAACAUUUUUUUUUUUUUUGAAUUGCAAAGAUGAUCAAAGUUCAUGAUAUUCUUGGAUAGCAGCAUCUCAACUUGUAUAUACCACAAGACUUAUUUUAAGUAUAAAAAUAAAAAAUUCAGAUAUAAAGUUAAAAAUUCUACUCAUUUUGUCAUCACCAAAGCAAAGUCCAGCUUGGGCGACCCCCUCAUUCUCUGCUCCUUUCAACACAAAAUGUCUACAUUUAGAAAAGAUUUAAAAAU